UUUAUCGUAUUUAACACAGCGGCAGCAUUGAAAGCACUACGCAUUCUAUACCUAAUAUCAAUACCAGUACAAAUUGAUUUCAGAACAUGUCUGGCCGAGGGAAAGGCGCUAAAGCAAAAUCCGUCAAGAGCGUCAGCAGAAGCCAGAAGGCUGGUCUUCAGUUUCCCGUAGGAAGAAUUGCUAGGUAUCUCAGGAAAGGAAAAUUUAGCCAACGUAUCGGCAGUGGAGCCUCUGUAUAUAUGGCGGCCAUAUUGGAAUAUCUAUCUGCUGAGAUUCUCGAGCUGGCGGGCAAUGCAGCACGCGACAACAAGAAAAGCCGUAUUGUACCGAGACAUAUCCAGCUAGCCAUUCGCAACGACGAAGAGUUGAAUAGGCUUCUAUCCGAUGUCACUAUUGCACAGGGCGGUGUGUUGCCGAAUAUACAGUCUGUGCUGUUGCCGAAAAAGACUGCUACGAAAGCACGGAACACGGACAGCCAGGUCGUGUGAGCGUCGAAUUUCUACUAGCAGUAACGAAAAUAUAUAAGCUGUCUUUUUAAUCGCAAUAGGCUACAAAUAAAGUACUAAAUAACGUCUUAUAAAUCUGUUAUACUAUUAGUUUAGGCCUUUUUAUCUAGUUUUAUUAAAAUAUUUUGAUGUA